AACUACCCGGCGGCGCACGCAGACAUGGCUGCGCUGGUAGGGAGAGGUGUGCGGGACAUGCUGAAGCGUGCGGACUUCAUGACAGUCCCGCGGAGACAACGACAUAAGAAGAAAUGGGCUGCCACAGAGCCCAAAUUUCCUGCCACUCGACUGGCUCUGCAGAAUUUUGACAUGACCUACAGUGUGCAAUUUGGGGAUCUUUGGCCAUCGAUCCGGGUCAGUCUCCUCUCAGAGCAGAAGUAUGGUGCACUGGUCAAUAACUUUGCUGCCUGGGAUCGUGUGAGUGCUGAGCUGGAGCAGCUGAAUGCAAGGGACUUCGUGAAUGAAGCUAUCUUCCACGGGGAACCAGAACCUGAGAAUGGCCAAACUGCAGCUCCACCCCCUGCCUCCUGGGCCUGCAGUCCAAACCUUCGAUGCUUCACUUUCGCCAGAGGGGAUGUCAGCCGUUUCCCUCCUGCCAGGCUUGGCAGCCUGGGUGUCAUGGAUUACUACCUGAUGGAUGCUGCCUCCUUGCUGCCUGUCCUGGCCCUCGGCCUGCAGCCUGGUGACACUGUGCUUGACCUGUGUGCCGCCCCUGGGGGAAAGACACUAGCAUUGCUUCAGACUGGCUGUUGCCGCAAUCUCGCUGCCAAUGAUCUCUCCACUUCACGAGCAGGCAGACUACAGAAGGUCCUUCACAGCUAUGUGCCUCAAGAUGUCAGGGAUAGGAAUCGAGUUCGAGUCACAUCAUGGGAUGGAAGGAAGUGGGGAGAACUGGAGGGGGACAUCUAUGACCGGGUGCUGGUGGAUGUGCCCUGUACAACAGACCGCCACUCCCUUCAUGAGGAGGAGAACAACAUCUUUAAGCGUUCAAGGAAGAAGGAGCGGCAGAUGUUGCCUAUGUUGCAGGUGCAGCUUCUUGCGGCUGGACUCCUUGCCACCAAACCAGGAGGCCACGUUGUCUAUUCCACCUGCUCACUCUCACACUUACAGAAUGAGUAUGUGGUGCAAGGCACCAUCGAGCUCCUGGCCAAUCAAUACGACAUCAAGGUUCACGUGGAAGACCUGACUCACUUCCGAAAGCUUUUCAUGGACACAUUUUCUUUCUUCCCAUCCUGCCAGGUUGGGGAGCUGGUAAUCCCAAACCUCAUGGCCAAUUUUGGGCCUAUGUACUUUUGCAAAAUGUGUAGAAUGACGUAGCAUCACCCUGUUCCUGAAGUCCUGUUGUAAGAAGACAAAGGGUGUACUCUUGUGGAGACGAGUGCCAGAGAUGCACUCUGGCCUAUCUCCAUCCCAUUCAUGUCUUUCUGUAGACAGUUUUCAGCAGUAGGAAGUAAGAGUUUUUCUGUCCUGCUGUCCAAUUGUGGAGUAUCAGCACGUUUCUAACUCACUUACGCCCCACUUCCAACCCCUACUCCCCAUCUCUGAGCCUGUGCUAAAGGUUCCUGCCCCAUUAGGGGCUUAGGAGGAGGAACCAGUGAGCAGGGCCACUCUUUAAGCUGUAAACUUGGGAAGAAGCAUUUAGCCAAUAAAAUUGUUGAAGCUACAUGGAGCUGGGACUGUAGUUGGGGGGGCCUCAUGUCAGUCCAAGUAGUGUUAGUUCCUUUUGUACCCAGGUACCCAAAGCACAGGACCUCAGCCUGGUUACAGGCCUCUGGUUACAGAGCCCGUCUCACACUUGAGGUGAGUUCUGCAUGAUAAGUCUUGAGCAGCUGAAGGGCUUAAACAAGCCUACCAAGUUUCUCCAUAUGUCCCAUGAUCUAAUUUAAGGAACAAGUAACUAAAAUGUUAAGCCAGUGCACAAUAAUCUGCUUACUUACUUUGAGAAAGCUCUCUUGAGCUGAAUAAUUCUAGCCAUUCCUCCUGCUGUCAACAGCACUGUUUCCCAAAUGUGGCUGGGAAGAGGUCUAGUGGCUCCUGUGGCUUCUGUGCUCUAGAGCCUGUGAGCCACAGCUACUGAGCCUACGUGCUACAACUACUGAAGCCCACGUGCCUAGAGCCCAUGCUCCGCAACAAGAGAAGGCACCGCAAUGAGAAGCCCGGGCACUGCAAUGAAGAGUGGCCCCCACUUGCUGCAACUAGAGAAAGCCUGUGCGCAGCAGCAAAGACCCAACACAGCCAAAAAUAAAUAAAUUUUUAAAAAAUUAGAAAAAAAGAAUGUUCAUAGUAACCCUGGUCACAAAAGCACACCCAAAUGCCCAUGAGAGUGGACAAAUAAAAUGGAAUAUUCACACAGUGGAACACUAUACAGGUGUCAAAACAAAUGAGCUACAAUAACACAUAACAAUAUGAAUGAUUCUUAGCAAAAAUAUAUUAAAUGAAAAGUUUAGUCCCAAAGAUUAGAUGUAGCAUGAUGCCCUUUAAAAAUAAAACUUUAUUCUUUUUUGUUGUUAUUUACAUACGAUAUAAUUUAUCAUUUUAAAUGUACCAUUUAAAUGAAUUUUGAUAAUUCAUUAUAGUAGUAUAGCCAUCAUCACCAUCAAAAUAUAGAAAAUAAUUCCAUCUUCUAAAAAGUUUCCUUGUGCUCCUUUGCACUUAAUCCCCUUCUCCCACUCCUGGUCCCAGGUAAUCACUAAUCUGCUUUCUGUCACUACAGUUUUGCCUAUUCUAGAAUUUCACAUUAUGGAAGAGACAGUUGAUUUACAGCUGGAUUGCAAAGGCUGUCUUUAUCUGGAUGUCUGUUUUUUCACUCUUGGCCGAGGUAAGGGCAUUGGUAUUUCUAAUGUGCUAUUUAACUCUGAAGCUCCCCUGACUCCCAAGGUCACUUUCUUUGCUGACGGUUUACAGCUGGCCUAACUAAUUACAUGUGUGUGGCUUGACUACAUGGCCAGAGUAGCAUAAAAAAGAUCUGAGCUCUCCCACAGCCAAGAUUCCCCACACAGAUCAUGGAGAUUCAAUCCAAAGAUAGAGUACUUUGCUUCACAUCCUUGCUAAUACUUGGUAUUAUAAAUUUUAAACUUCACAUCCUGUCCCAAUGCAUUAUAGCUUUGCUACUUCCUUCACCAAGACACAGUGUCUCUUUCCUCACCCCUUGAAUCUGGGCUGACUGUAUGAUUUGCUUUGACCAGUUAAAUUUGGUGGAAUGAAUGUGAGUAAAUUCUAAGCUUAGGCCUCAAGAGGCCUUGCAGCUUUCAGUCUCACCUUGGAACUUUUCUACUGCCAUGUGAAGAAGCAUGUGAUGGACACCAAGCUAAGACCUUCUAACCUCAAUUAAGUGGUUAAAUGACCCAAACUGCAUGAGUGACUCCAGUCAAGACAAGGUUAGCUUGCUGAUUCCCAGAAUCAUGAGUAAUUAAAAUGGUUGUUUUUAAACCGCUGAGUUUUGGGGGUGGUUUGUUACACAGCAACAAAUAAUUGACACGUGUGGAAAACCCAAAUCUGACUGUCAUUUACCUGCUUACAAUCCUUUGUUCUCUCUGCAUUGCCUGCAGGAUCAAGUCCAAACUCUGCCCUGGUCCCUGGUUGUUGAUUCUAUCUCUGCUAUCCCCCAAUGCUCCCUUCUCUCACAAAUUCUUUGUGUAUCCCAAGCAUAACCUGUCCCCUGGUGCCUCUGUAUCAUGACACAUUGUCUUCUCUGUCUGAAUGCCCUUUUCUCUCUGUUCGUGCUAGCCCAGAUUUCCACCCCCUCCAGGAAGCUUUCUCUGAUUUUCUAAAGCAGACUGCGUUGUUCCCUUUUCUGUGCUUCCCCAGCCCUCUGUAUAUAUUAGGAAUAUAACACUUCCCUUGUGUGCUUUCUCUCCUCACCCCAUCCCCAAACUGAGAAUUAUUCGGGGCAGGAAGCUAGUAUCUUGCAUCUCUAACCCCCCAGCACCAAUGUGUUUGGUACAUAAAAGGCAUGAGUAGAGACUGAGUAUCUCAUAUGUGCUAGGCCUCAUCCAAGAUACUAGAGAGAGGGGUGAUCAGAAUGGACAAGGUCUUUGUUCUCAAGGGAUGUACAAUCUAGUGGGCAAGAAAGAUAAGAAAUUACAGAUGAAUUACAACUAAAUGACAAGUGAGCAAAGUACUGAGAGAAGUGUACAGUGCGUAUACCUGGGAGACCUAACGUAGCCUGGAGGAAGACAUGUUCAAACAGACCUGGGGAUGAGGAGGCGGUAGAUUAGUGAGGCAGAGGAGGAGGUUGUGUGUGUGUGACGGCUGUCCUCCAGCAGAGAUAACAACAGGCUGUGUGACUGAAGCUCCUGAGGCUGGAGAGAUAGACUCCCGGGACCUGAAAGAGGUCUAGUAUGUUGCAAUACAGAGAGAAGGGGAUGCUUGUGAAAUAUGAGGUCAGAGAACAGGCAGAAGUCAACGGCACCAGGGAUGGCAGGCUCUGAAGGAGUGAGUACUUGGAGUAAUUGGAAGCCAAUGCAGGAGUUUUAAGCUGGAAAGUGACCUGAUCAGAUUUCCAUGGGCCUCCUGCUGGGAGUAUGGUUAUCAAUAGUAUUUGCUGAAUGAGGAAGUUAAAUAACUGAUUCAACAGAAAAUGCUUCUGAAGGUCAGUCCAAUACUUAAGCUUCCUCAGCCCUCCCCUGUCUGAGUAAAGGGAGCUGUUGAAUUCCCUGCUGUUCAGACUGAAGUUUGAGGUGACCCACUAGGAGGCACACUGGCAAAGUCAGGUGUACCUGGGAGGGUGACCAGGUUGGAGAGGAAACUGAAAGUUCCAUCCUGGGAAGAAGAACUCGGAGCAUUAAGCCAGGAGACAGCUGUUCUCUUGCUCUCUAUGCAUUCCCUGCUCAACCAGUGCCUGCUUCACCUGCACCCUACUCAUCUGACUGACCUUCCUACAUGCUUGCCCCAGGCCCUAGCUAAUGAUUGUUCUAACUUUAGCCACCAUGAUAGCUUAUCAUAGGGGUAGUGAGAGGUGUGCCCUUCUGCUGGUUUCCCUGGUAACCAAUAAGCCAACCUAACAUCAAUUCCCCCUAUAACUGGUAACCUACACCUACCCCUGGGAGUGAAGACUGCCACCAAGUCUGGCCCCGCCAAGUCCAGCCCUGCUGCAGAGGGGUUUCACUCCAGGACCUUGCACAGACAUGUAAGCUCCCUCUAUCCAUUAAACCGCUGAUGUCUCUGUUGCUGAAAGAGAGAGAGAGAGAGAGAGAGAGAGAGAGAAUGAGAGAGAGAGAAGAGAGAGAGAGAGAAUGAGAGAUGCCUGUAUCUAAAUAGGACUGUUCUGAGGCAGGGGGUGCAGGUGUGUUUUGAGUGUCUCCAGAGUCAGUAGAGCUGGGGUCAGUAGAAGAAAGCUGUAGUGAGCCAGAUUGCAGAUCAAUAGAAAACCUUUAAACUAGUGCUUUCUGGACUGUGGUUCACAACCAUAAUUCAUUCGUGGUCAUGGAAGCAGUUUUGUGCGUAUGGUAGGCAUUAGGAUUUUUCAGAGAUAGCUAGUUAGUUAUUCCUCUUCCUGAAGGAAAGGUUACUCCUCUUCCUCAGAAGAGUUGCCUUCCCCACUGCCUCUGUAGUUGGGCAUGGCUAUGUGACUUGUUUUAUGAAAUAUUAGUAGAAGUGGUGUCUUUCUUCCACAUUUCUGGAUGGAAGCGUUGAGAGUGAACAUCAGGUUUGCCGUGUCAUUCCCACUACAGUGACCAUGGAAACAUACGUUGAGAUGGAACUUACAUCAGCCUGAGUGCCUAAGUGACUUUGUUGAGCAGAACCCCCUGUGGACCUGCAUUAGACAUGGGGCGAGAGUGAAAAAUAACUGCCAUGUUCAGCCUCUGAGAGUUUGUGUUGUUACUGAAGUAUAACUUGGUCUCUCUCUCUUUUCUUUUUUUUUUUUGGCUGCGAGGCUUGCGGGAACUUAGUUCCCCCACCAGGGAUUGAACCCAGGCCCUCAGCAGUGAAAGCAUGGAGUCCUAACUACCGGACCGCCAGGGAAGCCCCUACCUUGGUCUCUUUUGACCUAUCCAGCAGGCAUGGAUCAGCUCCUUAUUUUUUUUCUUAUUGAUUUUUUUUUAAAUCAAAGUAUAGUUGAUUUACGAUCUUGUGUUAGUUUCACGUAUACAGCAAAGUGAUUCAGAUAUAUAUAUAUAUAUAUAUACACACACAUAUAUGUACAUAAUACUUUUUUUGAUUAUUUUUCAUUAUAGGUUAUUACAAGAUAUUGAAUAUAGUUUCCUGUACUAUACAGUAAAUCCUUGUUGCUUAUCUAUUUUAUGUAUAUUUUUAACAAAAGAGAAUAGAAUAGAAAAUAUCAGAUGCAAACCAAUCUAUAGUGACAACAGAUCAGUGGUUGCCUAGGGAAGGCUAGAUUACACAGGACCAUGAGGAAACUUUUGGGGAUGAUAGAUGUCUUGAUGGUGGUAAUGAUUUUACAUGUAUGUACAUAUGUAAAAAACUCAUGGUACUGUAUACUUUAAAUAUGUGCAGUUUAUUGUGCACCAGUUAUAUCUCAAAGCUAUAAGAUGUAUGCAUAGAAAACAACACAUUUUAAAAGAUCAUAUACAAACAAAAAGAUAGGCAUUAAACAAAUUAUGAGUUGCUUAUGGGUGGAGGGAGGAUAAGACUGGGGAACAAAGAUAAAAAAUAAACAGGGCUUCCCUGGUGGUCCAGUGGUUGAGAGUCCGCCUGCCGAUGCAGGGGACAUGGGUUCGUGACCCGGUCCGGGAAGAUCCCACAUGCCGCGGAGCGGCUGGGCCCGUGAGCCACGGCCACUGAGCCUGCACGUCCGGAGCCUGUGCUCCGCAACGGGAGAGGCCACAACAGUGAGAGGCCCGCGUACCGCAAAAAAAAAACAAAAACAAACAAAAAAACCCCAGAUAAUAUAUGAGAGGGGCUUGGAUGGAUUAAUGAUGAUAAUGUUCUGUGAACUGAGGGGUAUGAUGAAUUCAAUCCCUCUGCACCUGAUGGGAUAAAUGGAUGAAUGAACAAACUAUUAGUUAGGAAAGGUGGCUGGUGGUAUGCCUUCUUGAGUUGUGUUGGUCUUACCUCCCAGGAGGCUCUUCCCCUGACUCAAGAGUGUUGACUGGUCAGGAGAUGGAAUGUGACCAAGAAGUGGGCAGGUAGGCUGGGACUCCUACAAUGUCACUGUCCCUUUCUCUUUUUUCCCUUCCUUGUCUGUUCUAGGGGACCAGAGUCAUACAGUUCCUCUUUGUUCUGUUCCUCGCAAGCCCUGAUUCCCUUAGUUGUUGCCCUUCCCAAACUGGGACACUUCAUUUAGAGAAUAUUUCAUCAGACUCGAAACUGGACUGUUAUUUUAUUUAUUGAAGGUGGCAGGGAACAGCCCCAAAGUCACAGCAGUUCCAAAACAGUACUCUGUCUAUUCCCAAGAAUGUCCUCACUGCCCAUUCCUGCUUGGACCUUCCCCAGGUCUUUCUUGGGGAAGACCCUGGCUCCCUCUGGUGUCUUAGACUGCUGCUCCUUUUCCUUCAAUUUGAUAUCACCUGCUUUCUAUCUCCUAAGAAUCUUACUCUUUUGGGGGUUGGUUUGUUUACCAAUAAUGCCUCUGUUAUUCUUUUUGUUGUUGUUAUUCUUUUAAAAAUAUGUUCUUCUGUUAUUUUAAUGAAGAAGGUAAAUGCUUUAUCUGCAAAAUACAUGUGCAUCAUCUGCCAUCUGGAACCUGAGGCCUCUGAAUUGGGUCUUGAAGGAUCAAUAGAAGUUUACCAGGCAGUGUGUGUUGCAGGGUUGGGGUGAAGAUUUUGGAGGAACAUCGGACAUUAGAGGCCAAGGGAAGUGUGUUCAAAGGCACAGAAUAAUACUGGGACUUAAAGUGUUUGAGGAAGGCCGAGAAAUGAGUUAGGACCUUCCUUUGUACAUGUGCUCAUUCUGACAGUCUGCCAGAGUCGUUAGAUACUGAGUUUGAACCCUACCCGUGUGUUCACCCAACUUACAGAACCAGAUGAGGGCAUCCACUAGAACUGUGGGCUCUGUCUCUCUUAGAUGCCCCUGUUUGUGAAGGAAGUUGUAAGCAGGUUGUCACCAACUUGAGCAGAAGCCAGAGAGCUUGGUAGCUGAAUAUCUAGACUGUCAGCAUAGUGACAUCAGAGUCACUGAGGACAAUGGCCCCACACCUUCUGGUUUCAAAGGGAUUCACCUUGGUAGAGUCAGGAAUUGCAAAAAUUCCAGUCCUAGAGAGCCAAGGGCAAGAGGCCUCUUUGGGAUGUAUCAGGAUUCAGUAGCAGGCAGCCCAAGAGAGAAGAACCAGAGUCACCUGAGGGAACCUUGGGAGGGUAGAUUUGUUUUAGACACCAAGAAGUUCUGUCUACCUCUAGUCAAAAUUCUGAAUGUCCCUCAAAGGUAUACUGAUUUUACAAAAGCCAUCCUCACUUUGCAGAAUGGUUCCCCAGAUGAGUUCUUUAAAUAAGAUAGAUUUAUGUUAAGAUUUGAUUUAUACACAACCUACCAAGAAUAUACCCUCUGUGAAGUACGAGGUAAAUAUAUAAUGAUGUCCUACUGAUGCUUCUUGAGAAGGGGGGCAUGUGAUUUUCUGCAUGUCUGGUUUUCAAAAACUGGUUUGCCACCCACGAGAUGUUUUCUUCCUCACCGUCUUGGAUGCAAAGGUUAUGGCAUACAAGCUGACUCAAUACUCAUAUUGAUGUCACCAGAGCCAAGUGAAAAAUAUGUAGCGCUCAGGAUCAAAAUAAAAAUGUUUCACUAAUAAAAUUGCUAUUGCUAUGGCUCAUUUUUAGUCACAUUAUUUUAUUCUGUUAUUUUAUAUAGCCCUUGCUAUAUGUCAGGCACUGUUCUAAAUACUUUACUAAAAUUAACUCAUUUAAUUCUCAAUAACCAGUAAGGUAGUACAAUACCUCCAUUUAACAGAUGAGGAAACUCAGGGGCAGAAUGGUGAAGAAACUUACCCCACAGUUUCAAAUAAAACAUUUUGUGUAUAUCCAAAGGAUGACAUGGGUUAAAACAGGUUGAGGAAAACAGAUUAAGGGUGAGAUGUGGUUGGUGUGUUUCCAGGCUAACGACUAGGAACUUUCUUUUUUUUUAAUACAAGAAAUUUUUUAAAUUCUUUUUUUAAUUUGUUUUAAAAAAAUUUUGGCUGUGUUGUGUUCGUUGCUGCGCCCAGGCUUUCUCUAGUUGCGGCGAGCGGGGGCUACUCUUCGUUGUGGUGUGCGGGCUUCUCAUUGUCGUGGCUUCUCUUGCUGCGGAGCACGGGCUCUAGGCGCACAGGCUUCACUAGUUGUGGCACGUGGGUUCAGUAGUUGUGGUGCUCGGGCUUAGUUGCUCCACGGCAUACAGGAUCUUCCCAGGCUAGGGCUCAAACCCGUGUCCCCUGCAUUGGCAGGCGGAUUCUUAACCACUGUGCCACUAGGGAAGCCCAGGAACUUUUAAUAACAGUUCUAAAGUCUAGGUGUGUGUAUCCCUGUUACAGAGGUAGCAGUGAGUCUCAAAGAUCCAGGUCUGACUCACAGUGGGCCCCCACUCACUAUGGAGUAUUAAGCAAGUCCCUGGUUGUCUGGGGGCCUCAGUUAUUCAUCUGGGCCAUGGGGAUUGGGAGGUAUGUCAAUUAGCUAUUGCUUUGUAAUAGACCAACCCCAAAAUUAGUGAUUUAAACAACCAUUUGUUAUUCUGAGUCUGUUGGUUGGCUAGGUUCACUCAUGUAUCUGCAUUCAAGUGGCUCUGCUCAUCUUGGCUGGGCUCUCACCUGUGUAAGGGCCUGAGCAGGGACAACUGGCUGAGGUUCUACUCCACAUGGCCUCAUCCUCAGGAAGGCUAGCUUGGACUUCUUCUUAUGGCAGUGGCAGGGUUCCAGGAGAGAGAAAGAAAACAAUUCUCUUGCAGCUUAGGCUCAGAACUAACACAACAUCCUGUGCACUGCAUUCUGAUCGUUAAAGCAAGUCAAAGUUCAGCCCAGAUUUACAGGGGGUGGGGAAAUAGCUCCCUUCUGAAGGGAGGAGCUCUUUGCAAAGAGCGGAGACAUAGAAAGCUGUGGUACUGGAAUCGUUUGCCAUAGGAGACAAACUCUCCCCUCCCUCUGGGGAGAGUGUAAGAGUAGGGGGCCUCUGAGGUGGUUGGGGAGCUCAGUCAGCUGAGGUCAAAGACCUGUCAGUGCUUUGAAAUUAUAAAAUGCCCCACAGGUCCUGCUUCUGAGUGUGGUAUCCUAUGUCACUUGUGGAACUGUGAGUUCCUUGGAGCCAGGCUGUGCCCUGCUCCUGCCCUCCCCUUCUGUAUUGAGGAAAGGCUCACAGAAGUGAAAGAAAACAAAGCAGGGCAGUUACUGAGAACAGGGGCACACUCCCUCUUCUCACCCCCAGAACAAAGACAGGGUUCAAACCCUCUGGAAUCUGACAAGCUUCCUCCCCUUCUGCAAGCUCUACCCCUCAUCCCUUCUGCCCUGCCCCCACCUCCAACUGAACUUGGCAAGGUAUUUACCUGUCUUCCCACUUGACAGCUGAGGAUACAUAAGGAUGACUUGCUCAAGGUCACCAGCUAGUGGGGGAGAACCCUGAUACUGCUCAGGAAACCCACCAGGGCCUGCUUGAGCGACUGCACAUACAAGUAACUCUAGUUUACACACACCACCUGAGGGCAGGCAAGUGCUGUUUUGUCUCGGGGAAUGGUGUGGUGUUGAAUUACAGAUGCUUUUCUGGUAACACAGGUGGAGGCCUGGAAACCCCAGCCCCACUGGAUCCCCACAUCCGCCUGCUCUUCCAUUCCAUGGUCUCUGCCUCCAGCUUUCCUCUCCCCGUCCUCCUCCACAUUGCCUUUCCAAAACAUUUGUGUCACAUCUCUGUUUAAAAUAAUGAGUCAAUGUUUAUUGAGCUCUUACAAUGGACCAGGUGCUGUUCUAACCUCAUUUAAUCAGCUGAAUUGACUCUUUUGAAUUAACUUCCCUUGAAUUAACUCAUUUAAUCUUCACAAUUCUAUGAAGCAGUCACUAUGAUUAUCUCCUAUUUUGCAGAUAAGGAAACUGAGGCACAAGAGGUUAAAGUGAUUUACUGAAGGUUACACAGUAAGUGGCAAAGUUAGGAUUUGAACUCAGGGAGUCUGGUUCCUGAGCUUGGGCUUCUCAGGUCAGAAAACCCCUCUCUGUAGGUCUCUAAUAAUAACAACAACAAUAAUAUACUGAUUAACAUGCAUGGACUGCUUUCUAUAGGCUAGUCCCAGUUCUGGCUGCAUUUCAUGUGUUAGCUCAUUUGGUUCUGACAAUAGUACUAGAGAAUUGGCCCGGGGGCGGGGGUACUAUUAUCCUCAUUUUACAGGUAAGGAAACUGGGGCACAGUCACACAACAAGGAUGGGUUACCAGACACUCCAGCUCCAGAGGCAAACUUUAAACCACUGUGCUAUCUGGCUUUCCCAAGGGCUAUUCAGCCUAAGGGCCCAGCCUCCAAGGCUUUUUGGAUUCAUGCCACAUGAUCUCUGCAUUUCCACCAAAGCAUGUCUUUUGUUUCUUGGUCUAUGCAUGUUUUUUCCUUCUCAACCAGACCUUGAGCUCCAUAAGGCCUGAUUGAAGAUCUGGUACCUCCUUCAGUUUCCCCAGCUCACAGCAAGGAUCUCACAGACUCCUCCUAACAAUCUUGCGAGGUAGGCAUUCAUCCUUUUACAGGAAAAGGCACGGAUUCAAAGAGGUAAAGACAGAACUGGAUGGACAGCAGUGUUUCAGCAGACAGAGUUUUCCAGCCACAGAGCCCUUUCCCACAUCCCAUCCCACAAAGCCUCACUUCCAGGGGCAGUAAUGGUAGUACUGCUUGAUGGUUAAGAGCAAUGGUUUAGGAUCGGACCUGAGUUUGAAUCCCCACUCAGCCACCUCUGUGACCCACAGAAGUUAUUUAACCCCUCUUGUCCUCAGUUACCUCAUCUGUAAAUGAGGAUAAUAAAAAUGCUUUCCUCAUAGGUCUGUUGGGAGGACAAAUGAAAUAAAGCACAUAAAGUCCUGUGAGAAAGGCCUAGAUGGGAGAAAUAUUAUGUGUAUAUAUAAUCCACCCACCCCACUAAUGAAGAGUGUCAGGUCCCCAGACAGAAGCAGUUCUUUCUGUUUCCUGAGUGUGAAAUCCAGGAGGGCCCAGGACUGGAAAUGAGUGACCCUGGGAAGGUCAGUCUGUGGGAGGUGGCUGAGCAAAAGGACAAGUGACGGGUAUUCUGGCCAUGAAGAAGAGUCCAGGGAGGGAGACACCGGGUCCCACGGUGGGGGAGGAGAGGGGGCAGCAGGUGGGCUCCCUGAGAGGAACAUCCUGUGCCCAUCUCUGCC